UUGGUUCUUUUCUCACCAGAUAGCUCAACAUGAACUUCAACUGUCAAGAUCAUUUUAAAAGUGAAGAGAGCAGUAUUUUUCCUUCUGAGAGCUGGCUGCGGGAUUCUGAGUUUCUCCUGCAGUACUGUCCUAUUCACUACCAUUUCCUAAACCAGGUCAUGGAGCUAUGUUGCGUUCUUCAUGUUAGGUACUAAUGAAGUUACGUGCUUCGUCAGUGGAAAUGCAGAUCCAUGAAAUUACAUUUUGUGCAAGUUGUUGUUAACUGUAUUGGCAAUGUCUAUGAUUUUAUCUGCCUCUGUGGUCCGUGUGAGGGAUGGACUCCCACUGUCUGCAUCUACUGAUUAUGACCAGAGCAUGGGAAUGCAGGAAUGUAGAAAAUACUUUAAAAUGCUCUCAAAGAAACUUUCUCAGCUUCCUGAUAGAUGUACUCUGAAAACCGGGCAGUAUAAUAUAAACUUUAUAAGUUCUCUGGGAGUAAGCUAUAUGAUGUUGUGCACUGAAAAUUAUCCCAGUGUCCUGGCUUUCUGCUUCCUGGAUGAGCUUCAGAAAGAAUUCAUCACUACCUACAAUAUGAUGAAGACAAAUACUGCUGUCAGACCAUACUGUUUUAUAGAAUUUGAUAAUUUCAUUCAGAGGACCAAACAGAGAUAUAACAACACACGUUCUUUGUCAACAAAGAUGAAUCUCGCUGACAUGCAGACAGAGAUCAAACUGAGACCACCUUACCAAAUUUCCUUGUCAGAACUUGGUUCAGCUAAUGGAUUUGCACAUUUAUCUGUGGCUGAAUAUAAGGGUACUGGUAAGAUAUCUGCAGCUCCUCAUCAGCGUCUGGAGCCAGUGACUCUGCCAGGGAUUGUCUCAUUUGUGCUUAGCCUGUUAUGUGGAGCUUUGAAUUUAAUUCGUGGCUUUCAUGCCAUAGAAAGUCUUCUCCAGAAUGAAGGUGAAGAUUUCAGCUAUGUUAUUGCAUUUUUUCUUGGAACAGCAGCCUGUUUGUACCAGUGUUACCUGUUUGUAUACUACACAGGCUGGAGGAAUGCCAAAUCCUUCCUGACUUUUGGGUUAAUUUGCCUGUGUAACAUGUAUCUGUACGAACUGCGCAACCUGUGGCAGCUGUUCUUUCAUGUGACUGUGGGAGCGUUUUCUACCUUACAAAUUCGACUGCGACAGCCACAGGGAAAGUCCCCCGAUUACAAUGUCUGACAAGUCCUGGAACAUUUAGAGGCAGUCUUGUUCCAACAGUUACUCACUCUCAGGAAUGUAAAGCUGUUCUCCAAAAGAAGCUGUCUGGAUGGGUUUUUCUUUAUUAUUAUCAUUUUUUUAAAUAAAGCAAUGGAAGAUGCCUGUGGACAUUUUUCACUUGAUGGUUAAACUUUUUCUUUUAUGAAGGACACAAAAUAAUAUGGGACUAGAGGAGGAAAAUAGGUUAUAUCCAUACACUGAAAUGUAUGUAGGGAUGCUAAGUUUGGUGAAUUUGAUUGGUGGCAUAAAAAAAGCUUAAUUCACAAGUACAUUAAUGGAAGGAAUGUAGAGAGUAUAUGUUCAGCAUAUCAUGCAAGCUCUUUGCUUCCAAAAUCAAUUUUGCCUUUGUGAGGCAGUAGGGGGUAGGCUAACUAAAUAAUAAUAAUAAUAAUGCUAUAGCGUAUUGGCAAACUAGAUUUGGAAUAUGUCAGAUACUAAAUUUCAGAAUGUUUUGUUUCACAUUGACAUAUAUGUGAAUGUUUUCUUAAUUAAAAUGUAACCUGGAAACU